GGGCCAUGUUGAUAAACAUGACCAUCCAUUUCAUACCGGACUUCAGUACGACUGUACGAGUAGGAUUUAUCAAAACAUUUCAACUAUCUCCUCAAAAGUGGAAGAUUUGCCAUUUGCGUUUCCUUGUUGCAUUUUAUAAAAGGGAUAACUUCGGGAUAGGUGCUUUGAUUUCCUGGGUUCCGAAGCCGAUGUAGUACAUUGAUUUGCCAGAUCACGUUAACGUUUGCCAUCUCGUUUUUUUGUGGCACGGCAUCCGUCGUGUUUGUACUGCUGUUAAACUUCCAUCCACAACCACAAGCAAGAAUAAUAUAUUCGCUUGCUUUUUUGACUUACUGCUGGUGUGGCUUUGUUUUUGCCGAAAAUGUGCUCUUCAAGCUGUGUCGAGUUUGGAUGGAUUUCAUUAUUUUGUCGUUGUUGCUGUUAAUUUACGGUGCUCGCAACCGUAGCUCCUGGAUUUUUCGGAUGUUUAAUUAGAAUACGCGGGUGUUAAAACUUGUGCGAGGAACACAAUGGCAAAAGAUGGCAGCGAACCCGAUACAAGUCGGCAGCACCUCAAAGAAAUUAUUCCUAACGGGAACCAUGCGCGCACCUACAGCAGCCGAAUACGGCCGGAGGACAGAGGACGGGCAUUCAUCAUGCAGCUCAAAUUCACAAAUUUUGACAAAAGCUUGAUUUAUGCAAUUGACGUUCAUCCGGACGGAACGCGUUUUGCAGCCGGGGGAAUGGGUGAUGAUUCCGGGCGAUUGUGCAUUUGGCAUAUUAAUUCGCUGAAACCGGACCGCGUGGAUAUUCGUUUAAUUACCCAACUGGACAACCAUACAGCGUGCGUCAACUGCUUACGGUGGUCACACAAAGGGAACUAUUUAGCUUCCGGUGCUGGAGACAGUCUGGUUAUGAUUUGGCAGCAGACUCGCAUUGGUGAGGCGGAAAAUUGGCGGCGCGUCCAUGCUUUGCACAAGCACACCGCUGAUGUUUUGGGUGUGAACUGGAGUCCCAAUGAUGCCAUGCUGGCCUCCUGCAGUGUGGAUAACAGUAUUAUUAUCUGGGAUGUCCAGAAGAAUUUCGAAAGUAUUAUAGUGCUCAAGGAACAGAACGGCACGGUGAAGGGCGUUGUGUGGGAUCCUAUUGGGAAAUACCUAGCCACCCAGUCGGAUGAGCGAAUUAAAGUCUGGCGAACGGCAGACUGGAAGCUCCAGCAUAAUAUUAGCGAUUUUUUUGACAAGUGCCAUGGUAGUACGCAAGUUCUUCGGCUCGAUUGGUCUACAGAUGGUAUGAAUAUAAUUUCUUCACAUGCUACCAAUGAAGGCCGACCUGUGGCACAGAUUAUUGAAAGGGGUGCGCAGGAUGCCUGGAAAUCUGUGAAUUAUUUUGCUGGACAUUCCAGGCCAGUUGUGUGCGUGCGGUUUAAUCCGAGAAUGUUCACGAUGAAGGACGAGAAUACGCCCUACUGUGUGUGUGCAACGGGAAGUCGGGACCAUAAUAUUUGCGUCUGGACAUUUCAACACAAACGACCGCAUGUAUUUACCGGAUUAUUCGAUGCACCCGUGAUGGAUAUUUCGUGGUUUCCUGAUGGAUACUCUAUGCUGGCUUGUGGUCUUGAUGGUAAAAUUGCCUACAUAUAUUGCGGAAAAUUAAUAACCGGCAAAGCUAUCACGAAAGACCAACAAUCUCAAGCCUUGACAAAGUUAUACGGCAAGUCCGUUUUGGAUACUAUAGCAAAUCUCCUGGGAUCGAAUACCAUCGUCGAAUCAUCUGUUUUUUUGGACGCCCAGGAAGCCGAAAAACGACGCAAAGACAACCCUCAAAACACAUCAACAUCCUCCGCACAACCGGCACAGCUCCGUCUACCUUACGAAGGAAUACCUUUGACCAAACAAAUUGAAACUCGCUUGCCGGAUGGACGUCUGAGAAUUACGCCUGUAUUUAUCCCCGAAUCUGUUCCUCAGCCUAUGACAAGCUUUGGCAUGGUUAUAAAUGGCGCUCACAGUGACAGUACCCUGGAUGAGCGAUCUCAGCAGAGCAAUUCAGCCGUGAGCGACGGUGUCAAGGAAGAGCCAGCUGCCCCACCAGUACCUAUGUCUCGACCACUUGGACCAUCCGCUCUCAAGGCAGCAUCCCGAAGUGUGGUUUCGUUGCCGAAAAAACCGGAGAAGGUUGCAGUAGCACCCCCGCCACCUAAGAAAGUAAAACCGGUAGAAAAUGGCGAAAAAGCCGUGGAAAAGGAAAAGAAGAAGACGACUACAACUUCAGACAAAGCGCCAGUUGGACCAGCUCCAAACAAACGGAGCGCCCCUGCUCCGGCCGCUGUGGAAAACGUAGCCCCGGUCGAAAAAGAUGUGGAAAUUGUCGUUGAAAAAUCCGUCCCAAAACCCGCACUAUUGGAUAGUGUUCUUAAAAAAAGCGCACCGCAACCAGUGGACAUAAUAAAACAUGCCCCACGACCAGACCGACGACCCGGUCCACCAACUGGACGCAGACUUCCCUUGCCUCCUCUGCUGCCAAAAUUGACCGCGAAUGUUGAGCAUUCUGGUGGAAUCGAAAACGGCGAUACCGCUGCACUAGUCGUGGAAAAUGAAAUUGAGCCAGGGAAUCUUAGUCUUUUGACAAGAUUUCACAAAAUCCAGUAUUUGAUUGGUGGACGUGCUCGGUGGAUACAGUAUCUCGCUUCUCCAAUCGUCCUGGUGGCAACGAAUGAGAACGUUUGCUGUACAAUCUGCCAAGACCACUCUCUUAAUGUCUGGUCAAGCGAUUCGGGUUCGCUCCUGGCUAGUCACUUUUUAAGUGCAGCCGGCGUGCAGUUGGCCUGCUCGAAAAAUGCUAUCUUGGUCAUUACAGCAGAUGCAAAAGUGGAUAUGUGGAAACGGUUACACGUAUUUGAAAGGUGGAGAAGGCAAAGCUUAGGAAGUAUUGAAUGGAUGUUGCGCAGUCCCGGUGGAAUAGUGAACGUUGUUAACACAAAUGUCACCGAAACGGAAGUUCCUGUAGUGACUUUGUCGGACCACCGUUGUUUUAUCUGUGAUAUAUCCGAUCUUACUUGGAGCGUCGUUCACGAUGAUGUGAUUCGUUUUGGAAAUUAUUUGGCUGUAUCUGGUGGCUUGCGGGCCGAUGUCCUGGAUAGUGGGGGUCCGCUGUCGAAAUUACAAAAAAUCAGGAGUGGAUCAUCUGUUGGACGCAAUGUUAGUCCGGAAGUUAGCCGCACACUUCUGCUCAAUCAUAUGGAAAAGCAAAUGCACCUCGCUCGCGUCCUUAAAUCGCCUUCGGAGUAUCAGAGUUGGCAGCUAGGAUAUGUCCAGUUUUUGGUUGAUAAUGACUCAGUUCUUCGCCUGAGGACAUUAUUGGAUUCGCUAAUGGGCCCACCCGGCAACACUGAAGAUUUGGAAGAAUCAACCUGGGAACCAGAAAUUUUGGGAAUUGCAAAACGAGCAAUGCUGGAAAAGUUGUUACCAUUGCUAGGUCGAAAAACUCAGUUUCAGAGAAUGUUCAUUGAGUACAGGCAGCGACUCGAUUUGUUUGGAGUACGAAACCUUUUCGCCACCCAGGAUCAUUGAAACGUCUGUCUUCGAUUACUCUAGUUUACGCACAGAAUGCUUUAUAGAUCUUACAGUUGAUUUUCUUUGUCCAUAAGCCCCAGUUGUACAUACAGUGUAGUAUUUUGACAGCCCCGUGCCUUUUACUGGCAGUGGCUGCGUUCAGUUUUUGACGGAAGUUUUUUUUGGUUUUAUACGUUGUUUUUGUUGUUAGCUGCGUGUUCGAGCUAAAUUUUCAGAGGAACAUUUUAUCGCGUAAUGGGUUUUUCAGAGUGUUUCGGUUUGGUUAAUUAAACCCGAAGUAAAAUAACG